AUGGCAAGGAGAAAGGGAAAUACCCAAGUCCUUAUUGUGAAGCACAUAAUCAGAGUCCUCUGUAGGCAUGCCAAUUCCAUUAAAGCAGAUGGAUAUGCUCUUUUUUCAGGGAGAAGGAGAAGUUUCAGCUCAAGAAAUGAGUUCUUGAGCAGAUCGCGUGGUAGCCUCCCUGCCGAUGUGCCAAAGGGACACUGUGCAGUUUAUGUUGGUGGCGAACAAUCUAGGUAUAUUAUCCCCACAAAGUAUUUGAAUCAUCCUCUGUUCAGGGAAUUGCUAGAUAAGGCCGAAGAAGAGUAUGGGUUUGAUCACCAGAUGGGACUUACAGUUCCCUGUGAGGAGGUGGCUUUCCAGUACCUGACAUCCAUGCUGCGGAAAAUGGUGUAG